AUUUAAAAGUUAAGCUUAAAAAAAUUGUUGAAGUUAUUUUUCAAUUAGAAAUGACUGCAAAAACUUUUCCGCCAUUGAAAAAUGAUCUGAUCCUGAGAGCGGCCAGAGGAGAACCGGUUGAAAGGGUGCCAGUGUGGGUUAUGAGGCAGGCUGGCAGAUAUCUCCCCGAAUUUCAAGAAAUAAGAAAGAAACAUGAAUUUUUUGAGGUCUGCAAGACACCUGAGCUUGCAUGCGAAGUAACUUUGCAGCCGAUUAGGAGAUUUGAUUUAGAUGCGGCUAUAAUAUUUUCUGACAUACUCGUCGUCCCGGAGGCUAUGGGGCUUGAAGUUCAAAUGUUGCCUGGGAAGGGGCCCUCAUUUCCUCAGCCAUUAGACACACCAGACGAUAUGAAAAGAUUGAAACCAGACACUGACGUCUAUGUGACGUUGAAAUAUGUUUUUGAUGCCAUAACUCUUACUAGAACGAAGUUGGAGGGGAAAUGCCCUUUGCUCGGUUUCUCUGGGGCUCCUUGGACCUUGAUGGCCUACAUGAUAGAGGGUGGUGGUUCUACUACUUAUUCCAAAUCAAAAAAGUGGUUGUACAACCACGCCAGUCAAUCACACGAGCUACUUAUGUGGGUCACGAAGGUUGUCAUUAAAUAUUUAAUAGGUCAAGUUGAGGCCGGGGCACAGAUGUUACAGAUAUUUGACUCCCACGCCGGCAUCUUGGGUCCGGAUCUAUUCAGCAUCUUUGGUAUCCCAUACCUGAAAAUGAUAUCACAGGGUGUCAAAGAGGGAUUGAAGGAAAAAGGGAUCAAUCAAGUGCCAAUGACGAUAUUUGCCAAAGACGCUCACUUUGCACUAAAAGACCUGUCGAAAAUAGGCUACGACGUUCUUGGCCUUGAUUGGACGAUAUCUCCUAAAAGGGCAAGAGAAGAGACUCACUGUUGCAUAACCUUACAGGGCAAUCUCGAUCCAUGUGCCCUUUAUGCCGACGAGGCCCAACUAACACAAUUAGUAGAGAGAAUGGUGAAAGAAUUCGGAACGCGCGGGUACAUCGCUAAUUUGGGGCACGGUAUAUACCCUGAUACCCCUCUAAGUGGCAUGCAGUCGUUCGUUGAGUUAGUACACAAACAUACGGAGGAACUAUGCAAGCAGACAGUGCAAGAGAAGAAUGACGUAAAAUGUGGCGAUCAUUGAGGAAUGUCUUAUAAUUAUAAAUAUCUAUAGUUAUGUAUAAUAUUUCUCUAAUAGUUAUUAAUAAUUAUCUUUAUUAUGAUUAAUUAUAAUUAGAAAUUGAUUGGCCAUAGUAGCGUUUACGACCCCGAAAAAUAUUAAUCACAUUAUAAAUGUUUUUGAAGUUUCAUUGCAUUGUAUUGAAUGGGAGAAGAAAUUGUUAUACAUGUUUCACACUAUGUUUGUAUGCAAUUAAACAAUCAA